AUGUCGCCCCCAGCAGUCCUCACCCCCUACAAAGGAGCAGACUUCUACCAAAUGUCGCCCCCAGCAGUCCCCACCCCCUACAAAGGAGCAGACUUCUAUCAAAUGUCGCCCCCAGCAGUCCUCACCCCCUACAAAGGAGCAGACUUCUACCAAAUGUCGCCCCCAGCAGUCCUCACCCCCUACAAAGGAGCAGACUUCUACCAAAUGUCGCCCCCAGCAGUCCCCACCCCCCUACAAAGGAGCAGACUUCUACCAAAUGUCGCCCCCAGCAGUCCCCACCCCCCUACAAAGGAGCAGACUUCUACCAAAUGUCGCCCCCAGCAGUCCCCACCCCCUACAAAGGAGCAGACUUCUACCAAAUGUCGCCCCCAGCAGUCCUCACCCCCCUACAAAGGAGCAGACUUCUACCAAAUGUCGCCCCAGCAGCCCCCAGCAGUCCCCACCCCCCUACAAAGGAGCAGACUUCUACCAAAUGUCGCCCCCAGCAGUCCUCACCCCCCUACAAAGGAGCAGACUUCUACCAAAUGUCGCCCCCAGCAGUCCCCACCCCCCUACAAAGGAGCAGACUUCUACCAAAUGUCGCCCCCAGCAGUCCUCACCCCCCUACAAAGAAGCAGACUUCUACCAAAUGUCGCCCCCAGCAGUCCUCACCCCCCUACAAAGGAGCAGACUUCUACCAAAUGUCGCCCCCAGCAGUCCCCACCCCCCCUACAAAGGAGCAGACUUCUACCAAAUGUCGCCCCCAGCAGUCCUCACCCCCCUACAAAGGAGCAGACUUCUACCAAAUGUCGCCCCCAGCAGUCCUCACCCCCCUACAAAGAAGCAGACUUCUACCAAAUGUCGCCCCCAGCAGUCCCCACCCCCCUACAAAGGAGCAGACUUCUACCAAAUGUCGCCCCCAGCAGUCCUCACCCCCCUACAAAGGAGCAGACUUCUACCAAAUGUCGCCCCCAGCAGUCCCCACCCCCCUACAAAGAAGCAGACUUCUACCAAAUGUCGCCCCCAACAGUCCUCACCCCCCUACAAAGGAGCAGACUUCUACCAAAUGUCGCCCCAGCAGUCCCCACCCCCCUACAAAGAAGCAGACUUCUACCAAAUGUCGCCCACAGAUAA